AAAUUAAAAUGGUAAUGUGUUAAGCAUAUCACGAUUAGCUUCUUUGUGAGUAUAUACCAGCCGUUCCUUACUCAACGAUCCUAACACAGAUAUACUCGGAGUUAUAUCACAGCAGAGAAGGUAAAUGUUACAGACAUGACCGAUACCAGCCGCUAUCCUCCAGUGGAGAUCCCAGACACAGAUAUUAUCAGUCUGCCUAUUCCAAGCGGAGGUUAUCGACAGUUCGUUUGUCGGAGAGGAGUUUACCUGUUGGCGGACAACAUUCGCCAUGGCCUUGUGCCUGAUUGGCGGGAUAACUCGGCCGCAGUGUCGGAUAUGAGCUGUAGAGACGACGACGUGUUCGUGUGUGCCUUCCCAAAAGCAGGUACUCACUGGAUUUGGGAGAUAGCCACGAUGCUGUUGCAUGGACGGUCGGAAUAUACCCCUGUCUCAAAGGUUACAUCCAUGUUAGAGUUUAAUACGCCAUCGGAGUUAGACAGACUGACGUCGCCACGUGUGUUGAAUUCACACCUGCCUUACAAACUCUUACCCUCUGAAGCUGUCCGCAAGGGAGCGAAGAUAAUCUUCGUUCAGAGGAACCCGAAAGACAUUGCAGUUUCAUUCUUUAACAUGGUCAGUCAGAAGAAAAUAUCGUUCGCCGGGAAUUUCAAUGAUUGGAUCCAACUAUUUUUGCUCCAACCUGGUUACCCGAAGAACUGGUUCGACUACACGCUUGAAUGGGAGCAAGUGAUGAAGGAAGAACGACGUUUGAAUCUACACAUGAUCUAUUAUGAAAAUUUGAAGCGGAACCCGAUAGAGGAAAUAGCCAGGUUGUCACGGUUCCUUGGGAGCUCCACAGACAGAACGUUUAUCGGUGAGGUAGCAAACAAAUGUAGCUUCAGGAAUCUAAGGAAAGCCAAUUCAGAUGUAAAGGAUCUGUCAGUAUUGCAAGGAGAGAAGACUAUGUUCGAUAGCGUGUUUCGCAAAGGAGAAAUUGGAGAUUGGAAGAGUUGGUUUACUGUGGCACAGAAUGAACUUUUCGAUAAAGUGUACAGAGAAAGGAUGAAGAACUGUAGCUUUGUGUAUCAGUACAACGGUUGAUGUGAACAUUACGAACGGUUUGAUGCGGUAUGACUGUAGACUUGCUUAUCUAUACACAGCUGUAUGUAGACGAUGUCAACUGUUGGAUUAUAGUAUACAGAGAAAUAGCUUCGUCUACAACGGCUUAAUAAAUGUGAACAAUAACUGCUUGCUUAUAUUUUAUAGACAUUUUAAUUUGUUUGAAGAAAUAAUGGAUUUUUUCGAAAUCAUGUGUUACUCAGAUCAAGAAUUAGUAAAAAAAGUUUUUAUACAAAUUUUUCAGAAUAUGAAUAAAAAAUUGCGUCCACUUCCUAAAA